AUGGACCUGAGACUGGUACCGACCAGCCGCGCGCGGGUCAAACGGCUGAUCUCACGUGAGCCGUCGCCGCUGCAACUGCAGCAAAAACGAAAGGACGAAUCGAGCUUCGCGCUCGAGGAGAUGCUUAGUCAGCGCCCUCCGACCGACGUGCGCUCGAUUCUCAACUCGGCGGUCGACGCGCUGAGGAAAAAGCCGGAGGCGGCGGCGGCAGCCGGGAAGUCACGUGAGCUCCAGACGGGCUCGACCCUGUUUGUGGAAAUUCAGCCGGCGCUGAUUAACAAGCUGCAAGUUUCGACGCAGUUUUUGCUGGUGAAGAUUGAUGAUGGCGAAUUCUGGAUGGAGCGGUUUGGCGGCGACAUUUGGGGGGUUUUCGAGCGAAGCGCGGCACGUGAUAAGCAGACCGGAUCCCGUGGCCAGCUGGACUCUCGACCCCGUGACAUUUCACAUGACGACACGGAGGACACCCAGGAGGACACUCUGCCAGAUGGUCAACAAGACACCCAAGAAGAUACACCAAGACAGGAUAUUAGUCCACACAAAUUGUUGGCCCACAAAACAUCUACAAGUCACGUGUUAGAACCGAACCGUUCUCGCAUGCAUUCUUCCUCACGUGAUGAUAUUCUUUCCCGUGCUCCUGUUGCCUCUAGCAAGUCCUCUUCCACUACUAAUACCACUACCCAGGAUGGUUCAUUCACAUCUCUAAUUGCAUCUCUACCACCUCCUCAACCGACGUUAACCCCCUACAUUCCUCUAAACCUGACGAAACCAGUUUCGGCGCUACCAUUGCCAUCAGUUUCGGUCUCUGAGCUCCUUCUGUCGUCCUACCGGACCCAGCUUUACUGCUGUCGGACGUCGCUCAUCUACUUUGCCAAGGCCAUGUCCAAGUCACGUGCUCUGUGCAAGUCCACGCUCGAGAAACAUACGCAGGGCAAGUCUCGUGUUUUUUCCGCCUCCCAGAUGCGCAAAAUGUCGUAUAAGCUGUACUCUCGCGAGUUGGCCAAGCUCGUCCAGCCACUCAAUGAAUGGUCUCAGGUUUACGAGUACCACGAGUUCUGCAAGAUGAUGACAAACACAAAAGACGAGUACGUGAUCCAGUGGAAAGACAGACUGUCUUAUUCGGUUUUGUCCGAUUCGGAAAAACUCGCAGUGGAAAUAUCUCUUCUCAAGUUCAGAGAAAUGCAAUUACAGAGUAUUGUUCUGUUGGAACUGCUGGCAGUGGCUCCGGUGACCAAAAGUGCUGACGCUGCUGAGACAGUCAAACAGAUGGAGUUGGAAAAGCAAAAGAAGAAGGAAGCAAGGAAAAUGGGCCUCUACAAGUCCAGACGAAACAAGGCAGCGGUGGAACAGGAGGAGGCUGCAGAGGAGACUCUGGACUACAAGACUCUGUUGAUCCAGUUGUUUUCCAGCAUGUGCAUCUGGCAACAAUUGUCGGAUUCAAAAUCUGAUCACGUGCACGAGUUUUGCAAGUCCGUGGUCAUUCCGUAUUUCUCGUCACGUGUUCCGGAGGUGGUCGAGGACUUGCUGAAGAGAGCAGGCCUCGAGAGAGAAACUAGACACAUUUCUGGUAAGCAACAACAACAACAACAACAACAACAACAACAACAACAACAACAACAACAACAGCCGCUGAAGCAGAACAACAAGCCGCGAGAGAUCCCAUAUGCAUCGCGCGACUCGCCUACCUUGUCACGUGACUCAACCGUGACACCGCGGGCCAACUCUCCGUCUUUUUCACGUGAUUCCGACACGUUGAAUUCGGACAUCAGCACGAGUUCAGGUGUGUCUCGGGUAACCAAUUCUAGCCGCGCAGCUCGAACAGGCUCGGCCCAGGGAGUCACGGGAUUACUUAAUAAGCCGCAGGUUCGGGGCGGACUCCUCACCUCUUCACGGUCAUUUGAUUCUCGUACUCAGGUGGGCAUGCGGUUCAAGGGCAGUAAAGAGAAGGACAAGGAGGAGGUGAAGUGUACAAAUUCGGUUGCCGGGACCACAACGUCGGCUACAGCGGAGAUGACGACGGGCAUGUUCAGAAAGUCACGUGACAUCUCCGUGGCCACAGCCUCUUCUCGUCAUUCGAUGGCGGCCCAGUCUCAGGUGGCUGCCACUCCCGUGAAGCGGACUAGACCGGUUUUGACCUCAUUUACAGCCGAGCCGGACAAUCCAUUCAUCAACGACAGUCACGUGGUUGACGAGUCUCCGUUUGCCAAGCGGAUGAGAGGGGAGAGCACUGGUCCCAGGAGAAGGCUGGGCCUGGGGGAUGGCACUUCUGUUGUUUUCGAUAGUGCCAGAAGAAAAAGGGAAGGUAGUGAGAAUCAGAUUGAUGACUCUCCUGUUCGGUGCAAUCGCUACUCGGUUGUUAUGGAGUCUCCUACGAAGUCUAGGACUUUAGGUGUGGGUCAUGGCAACUAUGGCGGCGGUGGUGGUGGAUUAUUUUCAAACAAACCAUCCAGGAUGUUUUCCACUACCAUAAGGCCAAGCAUGGCUGCUCCAGUGGCGGCCCCUGCUCCUGUAAAUGUGUCUGCUACUCCCAAGAGACGGACUCAGCCCACGUUGACGAAGGAGCAGUACCCAAGGGAGGAUAAUCCGUUUUACAAUGGAACCGAUGAUGCUGUGAUGGAUACAAGUCCUACUAAACGGGUUUAG